CCGCCUCGUCACCGCCGCCCAGAAGCUCAGGCCUGCACCGAGCAGUUUAGCAUGGGUGCCGCUAGUUCCUCGGCUCUGGCUCGCCUCGGCCUCCCCGGGCAGCCGCGGUCCACCUGGCUCGGCGUCGCCGCGCUGGGACUGGCCGCGGUGGCGCUGGGGACCGUGGCCUGGCGUCGCGGGCGUCCCCGGCGGCGCCGGCAGCUGCAGCAGGUGGGGACCGUGUCGAAGGUUUGGAUCUACCCGAUCAAGUCCUGCAAGGGGGUGUCGGUGUGCGAGACCGAGUGCACCGACAUGGGACUGCGCUGCGGCAAAGUGCGCGACAGGUUCUGGAUGGUAGUUAAGGAAGAUGGACACAUGGUCACUGCCCGCCAGGAGCCUCGCCUCGUGCUGGUCUCCAUCACCUUGGAGAACAACUAUCUGACUCUCGAAGCCCCAGGCAUGGACCCGAUGGUUUUGCCUAUCAAGCUGCCGUCUUCCAACAAGAUCCACGACUGCAGGCUAUUCGGUCUCGACAUUAAAGGCAGAGAUUGUGGCAAUGAGGUGGCCCAGUGGUUCACCAACUACCUGAAGACGCAACCCUACAGGUUGGUUCAGUUUGAUACCAGCAUGAAAGGAAGGACAACAAAGAAACUGUACCCUUCUGAAAGCUACCUCCAGAAUUAUGAGGUAGCCUACCCAGACUGCAGCCCCAUCCACAUGAUUUCUGAAGCCUCCUUAGUGGAUCUCAACACCAGGCUGAAGAAGAAAGUGACGAUGGAACAUUUCAGGCCAAACAUUGUGGUGUCGGGCUGUGAGGCUUUCGAGGAGGACACUUGGGAUGAGCUCCUAAUUGGUGAUGUCGAGAUGAAAAAGGUGCUGAGCUGCCCCAGGUGCAUCUUGACGACAGUGGACCCAGACACCGGAAUCAUAGACAGGAAGGAGCCGCUGGAAACCCUGAAGAGCUACCGCCUGUGUGACCCUUCCGUGAAGAGUCUGUACCAGACAUCCCCACUGUUUGGGAUGUAUUUCUCAGUGGAAAGAAUUGGGAGCCUGAGAGUCGGUGACCCUGUGUAUCGGAUGGUGGAUUAAUGAAUCCAGUGGGGUGACAUGGGUCGCCGUGUAGUCCUGGCUGUCCUGGAGCUCACUCUGUAGACCAGGCUGGCCUCAACCUCAGAGAUCAUCCUCUGCCUCCUGAGUGCUGGGACUGAAGGCCGCUAUGUCUGACCCUGUGCAUUUUGUAAAAGUCCACAGGAGAGCUUGAGAGGUGGCCCAGUGAGAAACCGCGCCUGCCGUCAAGUCUGCUGUCCCUUAGUUCAGCUCCCUAGAUCCCCAUGGUGGAGGGGUAGAGCUGCGUCUUCCAAGCUGCCCUCUGACCUCCACAUGUAUGCCACACCCCCAUCAAUAAAUGCAAUGUAAAACAUUUAAAAAUA